AUGUCUUCGCGACCUCGUCCGCCACCCGGACCCAAAACUUGCAUACACCUCGAACACGGGUGGUUCGAUCCCAAAGUCGGCUUGCCGCCGAGGCCGUUGCGGGAGCCGCAGGAUGUUUUGGAAGAGCUUCUCCGCAACCUCAUAGCCAGCGGAAACGCAAACGACGAUGCAACGUUCUUGUCGGGACUCCUCGAGAGCGCCAGCAAGCACCGAGCAACAACGAAGACGGAGGAUCCGCCACAGUUCCACCAGUUCUCGCGCCUGCCCCUCAGAAUACGCAACCAAAUAUGGCUGUUCGCGAUUCCAAGCCGUACAGUCCACGUAAGCGUCGACGCCCAGGAGAAAGCAUGUUGGAACCGCCGUCUCCCUAUUCCUGCGCCCGCGUUGGCUUGCCGUGAAGCCUGGCUCGUCAUCAUGCCGCUGGUGCACGAUGUUACUAAAUGCCUGUACAUAUCAAGAGGACCGGGCGGUUGCACCAUUGAAGAUUCUUGGCCAGUGGUGAAGGAAGAGAGGAGAGUAUCCUGGUUCACGUCGGCCGACACGCUGAGUGUUGGCGGUGCUUACUACACAUGCGAGACGCUGGACUGGUUUUACGGGCGAAACGUGCCCAUCACCGCUGAUACUGCCAUUCCCUUGCGGACUUUGCAGGAACAAGUCAACAUUACGACGUUCUUCCAAAGCCACAACUGUGUCAAGGUCGUCCUCCAGACCAUCGAUAUUGUCGUCGCGAAAACGACCAAGACCUCUGGCAAGUUUUCUCGCGUCAAGGACGGUGUGAUGGCCUUCAGAAACCCCGUCACUUUUGUCAACGUCAAGGCGGUCAAAGAUUGGUCCCGCCACGAGAGAGACCCCGUCGACAGGGACGUCGCCUUUGGACCUCCUCCCAACUUUGGGUUUCAUGUCGCCCAUAACGUCGAGCUACACGACCGAGCCCGCUUGGAGGAACUUCUCAGUCUGGUAUCGGCCAUGGGUGGAUCUAGUUGGGAUGCCUGUGCCGGUAAGCACCGGCUUGAUGCCAUGGAAGACUGGACCAGGGCCUUUUGCUUCGAUUGCCUGAUGACGUGGUGGGAGAAACGCGGGCGCGACCUGACUGAGGAGACCUUUGUCAAGCAUCGACGACAGGGUAUGGGAACAAAGAACACAAUUGGCGACAAGCCCAAAGAAGCUGACGAGGUUGAUGCCCGGAUGUCUCGGCUCAUUCCGACCGUGAGGUUCCUCGUAAGAUUUCAAGACAUAGUGCCACCUGGUACUCCGUUAGAAGAGCCCCAGGUGCGGAUGCUCGCUCCACAUCUGGACUUUGAGACGCAUGGUCACCUUCCUGACUGGAUGAUCAAUGAUUUUGAAGAUGAUCUCUGA